AGGAGGUGCCAAAGACGGCCUACUACGGAAUCCAAACCAUGCGGGCAUUGGAAUGCUACAACAUUACGGGCAUCCGCUUGCGGAAUUUCCCGGAGUUCAUUGUGGCGUUUGCCAUGGUGAAGAAGGCUUGCGCCAAUGCCAACUACAAGUUGGGCUUGCUCGAGGUCAAGAAGAAAGAGGCCAUCUGCCGUGCCUGUGAUGAGCUGAUCGACCCACGUUUGGAUGCACACAGCAAGGGCGUGGAGAUGCGUGAGAAUUUCCUGGUGGACAUGAUUCAAGGUGGGGCAGGGACUUCAACCAACAUGAACGCCAAUGAGGUCAUUGCGAACCGUGCGCUGGAGUUAUUGGGCCAUGAGAAGGGCCAGUAUGAGUUUUGCAGCCCCAACGACGACGUCAACAAAGGGCAAUCGACGAAUGAUUCCUAUCCCACCUCUGCGAAGUUGGCCUGUAUCCUGAUGCAUUCGGAGCUGCUGAACGCCAUCAAGCUCUUGAGCAAGAGUUUCUUCAAGAAGGCAGAGGAAUUCGCCGAUGUGGUGAAGAUGGGCCGGACCCAGUUGCAAGACGCCGUCCCGAUGACCCUGGGGCAGGAAUUCCAUGCCUACGGGAAUUCGGUGGCCAGCGAUAUUGAUGCCCUGAGCAAUGCGGUCAACAGGUUCUGCACCUCGAAUCUGGGCGGCACGGCCAUCGGCACCGGCAUCGCGGCGGAUCCCCACUUCUCUCAGGUGGCGGUGCAGGAGUUACGCUCCGUCACGGGCCACCCCAUGAUUCUGGCAGAUGAUUUGAUCGAAGCCUCCAGUAGUGUGGGAGACAUGAUCUACUUCUCUGGCAUGCUCCGGCGUAUCGCUGCCAAGGUCUCCAAGAUAUGUAACGAUUUGAGGCUCUUGAGUUCCGGUCCUCGCUGUGGCUUGAGCGAGAUCAAUCUGCCAGCCAAGGCACCUGGCUCUUCGAUCAUGCCUGGCAAGGUGAAUCCAGUGAUUCCUGAAGUCAUGAACAUGUGCGCCUUUGAAGCCAUCGGCAACGACGUCACGGUGGCCUUCGGCGCAGAGGCCGGGCAGCUGGAGCUGAACGUCAUGGAGCCGGUGAUCAUCUACAAACUCUUCAGUUCCUUGCGUGUUUUGUCGCGUGGCAUCAACACUUUGCGCGAGCAUUGCAUCGAGGGGAUUACUGCCAACAAGGAACAUUGCAAGGAAAUGGUGCACAAGAGCAUUGGUGUCGUGACUGCCUUGCUGCCGCAUAUCGGAUACAAGAAGUGCACAGAGGCCGCGGAUCGCGCCACGCGCGACAAACGCCCCGUGGCGGAUAUCAUCGUGGAGCUGGGCUUCCUGAAACGCGAGGAGGUGGACAAUCUGCUACAGCCGGAGUCCAUGUGUGGUCCAACCGCCAAAAAGGCGAGAUUCGAGAAGUAAAGCCCUGGAGAAUUUCCCUGAUCCUCGUUUUUUCCCAUGUCAGCUUUGGGAUCAAACAUCUUCCAGAAUGCGGCCUGUUGUGCAGUGCGUCAACUCUGGUUCCCCCUGUGGAGGCCUUUUAAGUGCCACCAGGGAUUGCAAACCACGUGCUGCGCGAUUCGACGUGCGUUUCGCUUUCAGGUUGAGAGUUUAAUCCAAAAACCGAACGGAUUCGAAUGGUUGGUUGCCCGGUGCUUGAAAUCAAACAAUCAA